GCAGUGUCUCCUUGUCUUCCACCAAGUGUGUUGUCCUCUUUCUUCUUCCUCCUCUCAGUAGGUUGUGAACUGCAAAAACCUCCAAGAUGUCUGAGAAAAAGAUGACGUCCAGCCGCAGGCAUCAACUGAAGAGCCUGAUCCUGCAGAUCGCUCAGACCUGGAUCCAGCAGGAGCAAAAGGAAAUUGCGGCAGCUAAAGAGGUCUACUUGGCUGAGCACUGUCCUGCCCCGGAACUGAGAGGAGACCUCAUGGAAGUUUGCAAGAAGCUGCACGCCGCCAUCGACAAAAUCGAUGAGGAGAGGUACGACAUUGCGGCCAAAGUGCAGAAGGCUGACAAAGAGAUUGAAGACCUGAAAAUCAAAGUCGUGGAGCUGAUAGGCGUAAAGAAACCCGCCCUGAAGAGAGUGCGUAUGUCCGCUGACUCCAUGCUCAAAGCUCUGCUGGGCUCCAAACACACAGUCAACAUGGAACUGAGAGCCAACCUGAAGCAGGUGAAGAAGGAGGUCAAAGAGGAGCCUCUGGAGGCGCUCGGCGACUGGCGUAAGAACAUCGAGGACAAGGUCGACAGGAAGAAGAUGUUUGAGACCUCCUAAACGCGUCGAUGCUGAUUGUCGUCUGUUUACAUGAACUCCAUGGGUCAUAUAUCUGUUGGUUUAAUGAACCAGCUGAGGUUUUAUUUGUUUUGCUGAUGUCACACAGGGCUGAACAGCAGGUUAGCAUGUCUGAGAGGAGUCACGCUGUGGGAGGUUUAAAGCUUUUGAGGGUUUUGUUGUUGUUGUUUUUUUGCACUUUGUCUUGUCUAGAGGGAGGGAAGGGGCGUCGAGAGUUUCUGCAGGUUCACACAUGACACCAACUCA